GGCUGGCGGGCGUGGGGCGGGGACCCCUAGUCCCCGCGGGACCCCGCCUGCCCAGGCGCCGGCGGCGGCGCGGCCAUGAAGCUGAAGCUGAAGAACGUGUUCCUCGCCUACUUCCUGGUGUCGAUCGCCGGCCUCCUCUACGCGCUGGUGCAGCUCGGCCAGCCGUGCGACUGCCUCCCUCCCUUGCGGGCAGCAGCAGAGCAGCUUCGGCAGAAGGAUCUGAGGAUUUCCCAGCUACAAGCCGAUCUCCGUCGCCCACCCCCUGCCCCUGCCCAGCCCCCUGAACCCGAGGCUCUGCCUACUAUCUAUGUUGUUACCCCCACCUAUGCCAGGCUGGUGCAGAAGGCGGAGCUGGUGCGGCUGUCCCAGACCCUGAGCCUGGUGCCCCGGCUGCAUUGGCUGCUAGUGGAGGAUGCUGAGGGCCCCACCCCAUUGGUCUCAGGGCUACUCGCUGCCUCUGGCCUCCUCUUCACACACCUGGCGGUCCUCACCCCCAAGGCCCAGCGGCUUCGGGAGGGCGAGCCAGGCUGGGUUCGGCCCCGAGGUGUAGAGCAACGGAACAGGGCCCUGGAUUGGCUCCGGAGUGGAGAGGGCGCUGUGGGGGGAGAGAAGGACCCACCCCCACCAGGGACCCGGGGAGUCGUGUACUUUGCUGACGAUGACAACACCUACAGCCGAGAACUCUUUGAAGAGAUGCGCUGGACCCGUGGAGUCUCAGUGUGGCCCGUGGGGCUGGUGGGCGGCCUACGAUUCGAGGGCCCUCGAGUACAGGAUGGCCGGGUGGUGGGAUUCCACACAGCGUGGGAGCCCAACAGGCCCUUCCCAGUGGAUAUGGCAGGAUUUGCUGUCGCCCUGCCCUUGCUAUUGGCUAAGCCCAAUGCCCGCUUUGAUGCUACGGCUCCUCGGGGCCACCUGGAGAGCAGUCUCCUGAGCCACCUUGUAGAUCCCAAGGACCUGGAACCACGGGCUGCUAACUGCACUCGGGUUCUGGUGUGGCAUACGCGGACAGAGAAACCCAAGAUGAAGCAGGAGGAGCAGCUACAGCGGCAGGGCCGAGGCUCAGACCCAGCUGUUGAGGUGUGACGGUGGUCCUCCCCUGCCCACCACCUCAUCAGGCACAGACCUGUGGGACUGGGCCCCUGGCCUGCCCAGGAUGUGGUUUUCCCAGUCUCAGUCCCUCAGAGCCAGGGGUGGCUCCUCUGCCCCUUCAGCCCUAGGGCGUGGCCCAGCUGCUUCUCCCCUCCCCCAGCCUGCCAGGUGGCACUGCCCACAGGCUAGGGACAAGUAGCCCUUGUAUUGAGCCAGAUGGGCUCUGUCUGAGGUGGAGCAGAAGGACAGACAGACUCAGGGGGGAGGGUGGCUGAGUAACUGGGUAACUUAUUGGGGCUGGGCAUGCACUGGGGGGCUGGAGGAGCUGGACUGGACCCUCCCCACCUGAGCAUGCAGACCCCCCCCCCCCUUGCUACCUCCAGAAUAAAAACUCUCAACCUGGA